AUGGAGCCAACUCAUCUCCUAAUUGUCAGCUCGUGCUGCCCCCCGAAUCCCAAGUCGAGGCUUUACAGCCAUAUCGAGGAACAUAUGCCAGAUGCAAAGAUCACGUCUCUUGAUAGAAAGUACUGGUCAGAGAUGGAUGGGCUCAAUCGUAUUCAAACCUUUGCGUUCCGAGAAGACGCAGAAGCCGUGAAAGUUGCUAUCGAAGGCAGCUUCUAUGCGACUUGCUCAUUUGCCGCGGCUAUGAGUUUCUUGGAGACCGAGUUCUCCGUGCGAGUUGUCUCACACUCUCUUCGCAUUCGCUACCAGCCCUCGGAGGAUACCAUGAUGAUUGACGUAUCUGCCAUCAUGUCUCUCGAGAUCCUUCAAAAUCGACGCCACGCGACGUCUAACGACAGCCUUUACGGUGUUCUCAAGCAUACACUGACACCCAUGGGCGGUCGGGUACUUCGAAGUAAUUUACUGCAGCCGUCUACCCUCAAAGAGUCAUACCUUGAGCCAAGAUAUGAUGCCUUGGAGGAACUUCUUGCAAAUCAAGACAUGUUUGCAGAGGUUCGAACAGCUUUGAAGGCUUUUCCUGAUGUCGAGAGCAUGCUGACCAAGCUUGUCAUCAUCCCUAAUAAACCGUCCGUCGAAGCGUCAGAAAGAGCAAUCAAUCAUAUUCUUGUGGUAAAGACCUUUAUAGAUGCCGUUCCACCAGUGUUCCAGGCGCUAGGCCCUGCCACGUGCCCCCUUCUCGCCAAGAUCAGGGAUCUCUGCCGGCCAGAGUUGACUGCAGCUGUCAGAGAGCUUGUGUACCAGAACAUCCAUGAGGAUGUCCACUACGUCAAAGGCGCUCUGGAUCUACGAAAUCAAAGGACGUUUGCGGUCAAAGCAAAUUGGCUAACAAUGCAGCAGCCUGGAAUCAACGGGCUUCUCGAUGUUGCCAGACAAGCCUACAAGGAAAACACCGAUGACGUCCAUAAACAUGUCGAAGAGCUAAAUCGCGAGCAUAGAAUCGAAGCUAUCCUACGGUUCGACAACGGGCGCAAGUACAGCCUUCGAAUGCGAGCAGUGGAUUUCGAGGACCGGGCUGUACCUGCGGUGCUUGUCAACCAGACGAUGAAGGGUCGGUACAUCGAGUGUCUCACAAUGCAUCUCAAGAAACUGAACCAGAGAAUCACCGACUCCGUCGCCGAAGUAGUCAUGCUGAGUGACAAGGUUAUACAGGACCUCAUCGACAGCAUCCGAACCCAAUUACAGCCCCUCUACCGCGUCUGCGAUUCAAUCGCACUACUCGACAUGAUUGCGUCAUUUGCACAGGCAAGUUCGACGUACGAUUGGAGGAGACCGGAAAUAUCAGAUACUCUGGCGCUGAAAGCUGCUAGACACCCCAUCAUGGACAAGACUCUGAAGGGUGGCUUUGUACCGAAUGAUUAUUACGCUGCCGAGGAGCACCGUUUCCAGAUUGUGACCGGCUGCAACAUGAGUGGGAAAAGCACUUACAUCAAGAGUGUCUCUCUGCUCCAGAUCAUGGCACAAAUAGGCUGCUUCGUGCCUGUUGAAUACGCCAGUUUUCCCAUUGUCCACAACAUCUUCGCUCGGGUGACUACCGACGACAACAUUGAGUCCAACAUGUCAAGUUUCUCGCUUGAGAUGAGAGAAAUGGCUUUUAUCCUUAGCAAUGUCACCCACAAAAGCAUCGUCAUCAUUGAUGAGCUAGGUCGAGCCACAAGCACCCGAGAUGGACUUGCUAUCGCGAUCGCCAUAGCUGAAGCCCUUAUACAGAGCCGUGCCAUUGUAUGGUUUGCAACUCACUUCACAGAGCUUGCCGACAUCCUAGCCGAUCGCCCCGGAGUACUGAACCUUCGUCUUGUCACGCAAGUUUCGACAAUGGACAAUAACGUACCCAAAUUGACCAUGAUGUACAAAGUUGAGUCGGGAAAGACGGAGGAGUUGCGAUACGGCAUCACACUUGCAAAGGCAAUGGCAUUUCCCAAACGGUUUCUAGAAGUUGCCGAGGAAGUCGCCAUGUCGCUACAUCAACGAAGGGAACAGAAUAAGCAAUCUUCUCAAGCGAGAAAGAUGCUCAACCGACGCAAGCUAAUACUCAAUCUUCACGAACAGCUCAAACAGGUGAGGAACUCGGAGAUGGAUGAUUCGUCGAUGAGAAGCUACUUAAUACGUCUUCGAAAAGAAUUCGUCUUGCGAAUGGAUGCCAUCGAGAAUGGUGGCAAUCAAAGCAGCAGCACCGCUAGUGAGGCUUUAGGAGACGAGGAAGACGGGGAGUAUGGGGAGUUCGAUGACGAAGACGUCAUUGGCGCUGUUGAUGCCGACCUUUGGGAGACGAAGAAGGGCGCCGAUAUUCUUCUCAUCAUGGGUGACAGCAAAUGGGAGCUUCACGACAAGGUGGUACGCGGUAGAAGCGGCCUGAUCGACCACAUCCUUGGGAUGGUUCAGAUGAAAGAAGGAUUGAGAAAGAUUCCACUGAAGGAGCGCAUGUUCCCGUACUCAGCUCUGAACACAGUCUUGAAGUACUUCUACUUUGGAGAAAGCCUGAUCACAGAAAAGUCUGAAGUGAUAGACCUCCUCUCCUUGUACGAGGUGUCCGCGACACUCGACAUUCUCCCGUUGCAAGAGAGGAUUGCUUUCCAGACAGGCAACUUGCUUGGCGAGAUCCUGUCCAGUGGCACUGACAGAAUGGGAGAUUUCUACAUUGUCGUCGAGGUCAUCAUUGCCGAGCAGGACAGCUCGUGGGUGUUUAUGCACGAGGAGAUGCAACGAGCACUCAGCCCCUAUUUCCUCAAGCUUCUGCAACAAGACACCUUCGUGGACCUCAUCAAACAGAAUCCAGCAUUCUGUUUGCAGGUUCUUUUCACCGCUAUUGAUCGCAUCGAGAUACUCGAAGACGCUGCAAAGGAGGCAACGAGUGUGAAGGGUGUGAGUGACGCGGGCACCCACGCUGUGAUCGAACAUGGUAGUGACAUUUCGAGACGUUAUGGUAGGUACUUGGCCGUGGGGCACCAGCUCUGCCUUCACUGA